AUGGUAUGGAACUUUUUGGUGACGCCGAACUGUCACGAUGCUUUACGCCACUUACGGUUCCGGUUUUCUAGACGCAAAGUGUGGAUAGACGCCAUCUGCAUCGACCAGCGAGACAAUGAUCGCGCAACUCGAGAACGCAAUGCUCAGGUACAGAUGAUGGGAGAUAUAUAUGAAAACGCCUCAAGGGUUAUUAUCUGGCUUGGUCUAGCUCACCCACCUACCCCUAGAGUAUUUCGCCUGAUUAGAAUCGUCGGCCUCACUGAAUACUGUCAGGAGAGAUACAAGUUUGCGCAGAUUCCGGCGAAGCCAGCCUUCGAAGAAUUCUCGCGCCGCCUCCAAGCCAAGGACGACAAAUCAAGGAGGUACAUUGAAGGGCUGCGAUACCUUCUAGAGAAUAGAUGGUUCUCUCGCGUAUGGACGAUGCAGGAGGUUGUAUUCGCCCGAAAAUGUGUUAUCCUUAGCGGUGAUAGCCAACUAUACUGGGAGCUCUUUAACCUGACAGUGGGAGAUAUAGACAAUUCUAUUGCGGAUAGUGAGCCAAUACUGCUCACGAUCAGCAGAAGUGUCACUGGCACUCAAAUCCAAAGACACAAAAAGGCUGUGGCCACUGGGCUUGAGCUGCCAGAUGUCGAUUACAACAAGAGUGUUCAAGAGGCAUACGGAGAUAUCGCCAAGAGCUUCAUUAAAACCCAUGGUCGCCAACUUUUUCCAAUAUGGACGCCUAACUGGAAAAUGGCCCAUAUGCCGGGGCCAGACAUUGUUGAUAAUACUGGAAACUUCCCCUUCGAGGGCAAGAACUUCCGCGCUAGCGGUGAUAACUUAGCAAGCAUUCCAAGCUUCACGCCCACCGAAGAGCUUCGAGUUAUUGUCGUAGGGGAUGUGCGGUCAAUUGUCGUGUCACAUACAGCCGGAGGACAACCCGAUGUGGUCGGAAGAAAGGCUUUUUCGCUCAACUUCGUUCGUGCGUGUCAUGAUUGGUUUGUCUGGCUGAGUUCGGUCUGGGAGAUAGAGACAUACCAAGGCGAGGGAGUGCUUAUAGAGGCACUAACAAACACAGCAGCCUUUCACAAGAUUUUCGAAGCAGGGGAAGACAUCGAUCCCGAAGAAUGCAAACAGCUCGAGGCGCAGUUCCAUUGCUGGACCGACGUUUUCAUGUAGCCUAAUUGCGACGUGAUUACGGCUCGAGAUGUGGAAGUGGUUGCUCAACUAGAACCUAGCUCGGCGGACAAUAUGGAAAUCAUAGAAGGUGCUCUAGAUCUUGCUAAGAUUAUAUCAUCAAACGACGCUGUGUCCGACGAUGCUAAGAAAGUUUUGUUGGGUGCAGGCUGGUUUCACUCUCAGGUCUGCUACGAGCUAGCUAAUUGGGCCUUUCUAUUUCUUGAAACUGGGCGUAUCGGUAAAGCGUUUUUCAACUGUACCUAGGGAAGUCCAUAAAGUUGCGCUCCUGGCCGGAUCAACCGCCCCCUACCUACGUAUUAAGAGAGGUUGGAGAUAAUCGUUACGAAGUCGUCGCGCCAGCAUAUAUUUACGGAAUCAUGAACGGGGAACUAUGGCCUGCUAG